AUGGGGGAUUUCAAUAGCCGUACAGGAAACCUAGUAGCUUAUGUUUCAUUCGAUGAUAACUUUCAUAUACCAGUGCCAGAUAAUUAUACACCAGAUCAGUUCACACAAGAUAAAGUUUCUAACAAAUUUGGAAAACAAUUAAUAGAGAUCUGCUUAAAUAAUAACAUCAUAAUUAAUAAUGGUAGAACAAUAGAACAGGAGAGAAAACUGCUGGAUGAUGUUGCUAGGAGACAACAACGUGAGGAAGAUAUUAGGAGAAAGCAAGAGGAAGAGAAGAAGAGAAAGAAAAAGAGGAAUGAACGUGGAAUAAGAGAAGCUGAGGAAAGAGAAAGACAGCAGAGAAUCCUGAACGAAAAAAUGCGUGACCGUGGUAUUGAAAUUGAGGAGGUGCAGGAUGCACUGGAGGUGGAAAGGGAGCUGAAAAGACGUGCCGAGGAGUUGGAGGAACAACAGAAGAGGGAAGCUGAAGAAGCCAAGAAUGAAGAAGGAGAUGUUGAGGAUGCCAUUGCAAAAGAAAAAGAAGCAGAAGAAGCUGCCAAGAUUGCAAAAGAGAAAACUGUGAAUGCAAAGGAUGCUGUUGCUAGGAAACAAGCAGAGGCAGAAGAGAAGAAGGCCAAGGAUAGAUACAAGAGAGCGAGAAACAACCGAAUCAGAAAACAACUGAGAAAGGCGGUGAAAGAGAGAGAUAGAGACAAGAUCAAAUGGUCUGUGGGAGAAUUUAAAUUACAUAAAUUAUCUGAUGACCAUGGCGAUUUGAAGAAAGGAGAGAGAAUUCUUGCUGUACAUGAUGCCGAUCACAGGCUGAAAGACGCAAUGGACAGACGACACCUGGAUGACCUGGAUAAAACCAUUACGCAUGUCAAAAAGAAUGGCUUUGACGUUCAUUUACCGCAGAGGAUGAUUGAUGCUAAUAAGAUGCUGCUGAAAUUGAAACGUCUGAAACGACUGAGAGACGAGAUUAUGAAUUUGAAGCAAUCUACAGUGGCUGAGAUACGUAGCUACCAGAAACCGCCUCGGAUGGUGCAUCAGGUUAUGAUUGGCACGUAUCUCUUGCUCGGUGUUCCUGAAAAGGAAACUAAGGAGUGGAAAAAGAUGCAAGCAUUGGUGGGUAAGACUGGGAAAGAAGGUUUAAAGAGGCGUGUGCUGCAGUGUGAAAUCAGUGAAGUACCCAUUCCUAAAGCUAAAAGGGCUAAGCAAUUAUUAGAUGAGUUUGACUUGGAUGAAGUGAGAGACACCAGUGCUGGGGCUGCUGUGUUUUAUGUUUGGGCUGUUGCUACCAUUGAAGAGGUUGAGGACAGAGAAGAGAGGAAAGCAGCAGGUGAAGAUGUUGAUGCUGAAGCAAAACCUGGCGCCAAACGAGAACCUAAAAUUAAAAGGAAAUAUUGA